GUUAGCAAGUUGAAAGCCGGGACAUAGUUUGCAUUAAUCAAAUAAAUGUCUAGCGUUGUUUUUGUCAUCGGACCUUUUUUGCUUAUCUAUUGCUUCAAAUACCUUCAUAAAACAAAGAUCUGAUCGCAAAUGACACAUGAAUUAUGUUGGCAUAAGUGAAGUAUAAGUCAGACUCCGUAAUUUUUUUGGUUGAAACAGUGUAGCUUUCCACUCUUCUUUCUCAGAACCCACUUCAUACAAUGACUUCAGUAACAGCCGAGCCAACAUUCUUAAUACAUCAAGCUACUCAUCAAUUUGUGGCAGAGCCUAUCCAUUUCCAGGUGUUACAGAUGAACAAGUCUGUUUUUGUAUGGAUAGGAAAAGAUGAAGCAAAACUAGGUGACAUGUCAGUUGCAGUGCCACCUUUUGGUAAUCAGAGUACUGCAGCAGCAACAUCCAUUAUAGUUAAAGGCAUUGCUGAGCAAGGAAAGAAUUUAGCACGAUCUUUAGCACUCAAAUAUAAGCAGCAGUUUUUCGUGAGCUUAAAUUUGAAUAAUCCAGAUGAUAUGUUGAUCUUAUUCAUAGAAAAAAAGCUAAUGGAGUUAUUGAAGAAUAUAAUGUAAAGCAAUCUUAGUAAACAGGAAGAUCAUUAUAGAGUUAUUAUUGUUUCUUAUGACUGCUCCGGAAAGUAGAUUGUGUGAAUAUGUUUCUAUUUUAUUGAUGUGUGUACAAGGUGUUGAAUUUCUGUCUUGCGAGGAAGGGGAAAAAAGUAUAUACUUACAGUGUUUGCAUCUGGAUGCUUUUAAGUUUCGUGUAUGUGUCGGGGAGGGUGUAUGUAUGAGCUAUGUGAAUAAAAAGAACAAAUCAAACUGAGAAGAACGAUAAUAUACAUCUACAUAUUACAUAUUAGAGAGAAAAGGGAAUAUAAUCUAACUGAGAUUACAUAAGGCACGAUAUUGUCCAAGUAAUCCUGAGGUAUCAAGUAACCAAUUAACCAAGAUGGAACCGUUGGCAUUCGUUGUUAAUAAUAAGGCAUUUUGCAUGAUAGCAGCUGCAACAUAGAUCUGUAUAAAAGUAGCAAAUCAAAUAUCGUUCGCUGUCA